GGAUAGACAAAUAGUCAGCAGUAAAAAUAAUAAUUGUGUGUGUAAAUGGUUACUGAUGGUUUAUAUUUUAGUAUAUAAAUAUGCUAAAUUAUUCUAAUUGUUUAUUAUGUAAUAAAAAUGAAUCAGUACAGUUUUUACUUACUACAACUUUGCAUAAUCAUCUUAUUAAGUUAUGGGACUUUAAAUGAAAUUGAUGCUAGACGACAUAAACGUAUGUACCAACCUCUCUCAAUGGAACUAAUCAACUAUAUCAAUUAUGAGGCCAAUACGACUUGGAAAGCCGCUCCUACUACGAGAUUUAGGACAGUUUCUGAUAUUCGUAGGAUGUUAGGUGCACUACCAGAUCCAAAUGGUGAACAACUAGAAACUUUAUGUACUGGAUAUAUACCAGAUGAAUUACCCAAGAGCUUUGAUGCCAGGGUAGAAUGGCCACAUUGUCCUUCUAUCUCUGAAAUACGUGAUCAGUCAUCGUGUGGUUCUUGUUGGGCAUUUGGCGCAGUUGAAGCUAUGUCUGAUCGUAUUUGUAUAAAAUCAAAAGGGAAGCAUAAACCAUUUUUAAGUGCAGAAAAUUUAGUAUCUUGUUGUUCAUCAUGUGGAAUGGGUUGUAAUGGUGGCUUCCCACAUUCAGCAUGGUUAUAUUGGAAAAAUCAAGGUAUAGUAACAGGUGAUUUAUAUAAUACAACAAACGGUUGCCAACCUUAUGAAUUUCCACCGUGUGAACACCAUGUGAUCGGUCCAUUACCUUCAUGUAAUGGUGAUGUUGAAACACCUUCAUGUAAAACAAAUUGCCAACCAGGAUAUAAUAUACCAUAUGAGAAAGAUAAAUGGUACGGUGAAAAGGUCUACCGGGUUCACUCAAACCCAGAAGCUAUCAUGUUAGAGCUAAUGCGGAAUGGACCAGUUGAAGUAGAUUUUGAAGUGUAUGCCGAUUUUCCAAAUUACAAAUCAGGUGUUUAUCAACACGUUAGUGGUGCCCUACUUGGCGGACAUGCGGUGCGUUUACUUGGUUGGGGUGAAGAGAAUAAUGUUCCCUACUGGUUAAUUGCGAAUUCAUGGAAUAGUGAUUGGGGUGAUAAAGGUUAUUUUAAAAUAGUUCGUGGUAAAAAUGAAUGCGGGAUUGAAAGUGAUGUCAAUGCUGGAAUACCAAAAAUAAAAAACUAGACAUUUCGGCAAAAUAUUUUUAUUUGUACAUCUUCAUGUCUGCAAAUGAAUUGGCUUUUGUAAUUCAUCAUCAUCAUCAUUAUGAUUACAAUAUUUACUUGGACACUGAAGAAAACAUGAAUAAUAAUUAAAACCAUACAAUUUCUCCAGUAUUUUAUUUAAAAAUGUAUUAACCAUUUCGGAUAUUAAGUAACCUUUCUGAAUAUUUCAAAUCAUAUCUAUAAAUAUACCCCUAAAUGCUAAGAUGACUUUUAAUCGUUGCAUUUAAUAUACAGAUCUAAAUAAAAUAGCAAUAAUAUUCAAGCCUGCGUAUAUGAUAUAUAUUGGGUUUGUAGUGUGGUGCUUCGUUGAUCGAUCGUCUCGAUAACCGUCAUUAUAUCAAUCUGAACGGUGUAUAAUAUC